AUGCUGAGUUUAUGUGAUGCUUCAAACAAUACCCCCAUCAAGUCCAUCAAGAGCCAAGAUGGUGAUAUCAUUGAUUGUAUUCAUAUUUAUGAUCAACCAGCAUUUGACCAUCCUUUGCUGAAAAAUCAUACCAUUCUGAUGAGGCCUAGUUUUCAUCCAAACUCAGAGCUACUCAAUCCUCAUAGCCAAGAGAAUACAAAUUCAAUUACUCAGUCGUGGCAGUUGAGUGGGAAAUGUCCGGAUAAUACUAUUCCAAUUUUGAGAAACCAAAACGCAAGAAAAACCAAGAAAUACGUGAUGAAGCAGAACGAAACUGUUUCCCAGUCUUCUUCAGAUGAUGAUAUGAAGUCUCUUGACCCAUACACUCAUGAGUAUGCAAUUGCAUAUGUUCAAGGUGACAAGUAUCAUGGAGCAAAGGCAACAAUAAACGUUUGGCAACCCUACGUUCAGAACAGAAUUGAAUUUAGCUUAUCUCAGAUUUGGGUUGUUGGAGGUCAUGAUUCGACUAUCAACACCGUUGAAGCUGGUUGGACGGUAGACCCUAGUGUAUUUGGAGAUAACAAACCAAGACUUUUCACUUAUUGGACUAGAGAUCAUUAUGGAUCCACUGGAUGCUACAACAUGUUUUGCCCUGGCUUUGUUCAAACCAGCACAAAAAUUGCCUUGGGGGCCAACAUUUCCCCUGUUUCAACCUACCAUGGUCCUCAAUUCGACAUCAGCCUAUAUAUAGUGAAGGACGAACAAUUUGCUGUGUGGUGGUUGCAACUAGGGAAUGACGUAGUUGGUUACUGGCCUACCUCCUUGUUUACAAACCUAGCUGACAGUGCUUCAACGAUCCAAUGGGGCGGAGAGGUGAUAAAUCUUAAACCAAAUGGGCAGCACACCACAACUCAAAUGGGCAGUGGCCAUUUUCCUGAAGAAGGGUUUAAAGGGGCAAGUUACUUCAAGAAUCUUCAAGUAGUUGAUGUAUCGAAGACUUUGAGGAGUCCUGGUACCCUUUACACUUUCGCUGCGAACUCAAAUUACUAUAGGAUAUUACUCGAGAAGAGCAGCGAUGCAUGGGGAAAUUACUUUUACUAUGGCGGACCAGGAAGAAAUGCUAAUUGUCCAUGA